GAGUGCUAUGUUAGAAUUACAGCCGCGAGUACCGAUAACUUUGGGCAGCGUUGACGUCCUAUUUCUUGACCAUACACCAUGUUUGUCUCGUCCUCUUCUUUUAUCAAUACGUUCUGCUAGACAUGGUGAAUUGUUCAUUCGUUCGUUGUCUUCCCUAAGAGGAUCUCUAUAAUGGCCUCCGAUGCGUCAAAUCGCAGACCCAAGUCGGGGGUUCUCCCUGCCAAACUCAGAACCCUAGUUAACGACAUGAAAAGGUUUAGGAUCCACCGCCGUGAGAAGAAGGGGGCCAAAGGCGCUAUGGCCGAACCCACUUCUGCCUCCGAAAUCCUCCUGACCCCUGAGUCGACAAAGCCAAUACCAUCGACACAUAGUUCUCUGCCCGCCGCGGCAAACCUCGCCGUUCAGGUCACCAUCACUUUUGAUGAGCCCCUGAAUUACUCAUACACUCGCAAUUAUGAGACGUCGCCGUCGUUGCAGGCCACCGAGGCAUUGUGCCAAGGUCUGUUGCGGCGAGUGGAUCAUUGUUGCCAUGAGUUGAUCACCCGAAAAGAUUCAACUGCUAUGGAAUAUGCUGCUGCAAGUGGCCCAGACAAGCCGCUAAGAUUUGAGAUACAAGUCGAUAUAAUCCGUGGCUGGUCUGAGAUCUGGGCUUCCAGAACCUUCAAAUCAUACCAGAAGCAACUUUUAUCAGUUGAUGCUGCGAGAGAAAUCAUCAUAUCAACCCAUCAUAUAAUAGGGCUUUUCCUGCGACAGCACGACGAGGGUUUUGUUUGGAAAGACGGCCCAGUACGAGAUGAUCCGUUAGAUGAACAAGGGAAAUUCCCGCAUCGCGCCGGUCGUGUGCAACCUAUGUCAUGCGUGCCUCGCUCCUAUUUUCUUGAAAAAUCGCAAUCUUUCGAGCUUGUUCCUGGUUAUACCAUUGCCUUCUCCUUCACAAGCCGGUGUCAACGCCGAAAACCAUCUGAAUGGCAUACGACAGUCGAAGUGAAUAGUGGUCAGACCACCCCCUUAAAUUCUAUUGGGAUAGAAACUUUAUUCUUCGAGACAUCAUACGCCCUGGAAGGCGUCUUGAGAUCAGAAAGACAAGCCUUCGAGAAAGUUCAUAGUCUCUGUGUUAGCCUAGACGGGUGCAAAGACUGUCGCCAUCAUGACAAUGACGGCUUGGAGUUACAAUUUUCAAUCACGAACAACCUAGGGCCCCAGUUCGCUCAUCUGGAGCGAACUAUACACUGCAACAGCAAUCUUUCCUUUCACUCCGAUGUCCAAGAGUGUCUCAGAUUUGUUGGCAAAGUUGAAACUGCUCUCGCCCAAGUUCGAGACACUGCUGACGACACCAUCAACCGAAUGAACGAUUUGGAAUUUAGGAUAAUAGAGCUUCGUGGACAUGGCUGGUCUUUGGACGAGCCACUAAUUUUCGUCCUAGAUUCGUCCAAAUCCUUCCCCCAAAGAGAUGCCGUGGCGAUAUUAGAUCGGAUACAAGCCGGCAUCGCAGACAUACUACGAGGCAACGCCAUUUCGGUUCGAAUGACAGCUCACAAACGGGGACAUUUCAUUUUGGAUAAGACGUUCGUCGCUCGAGAACCUUUUGAGUCGACAGAAAAGAAAAAAGCAAAGCAGUCUCGAAAGUCGAAGGCUUACGUCUUAGACCGGUUACAACAGCGCGUUGAGAAGGAUAUUGCAAUGAUUUGCAAAGAUACUAUAACGCUUGACGAAGAGGACAAGGAGACCGGAACAGUUCAAACAGAAGUUGGCGCCUUGGAACAGAGCCCUACUCAUGAUGCAGAUGUUUCUACCUCCGUAAGUGGGCUUGAAACCACCGAGUCAAUUUCGAGGGUCCCUACGGAGAAGCACGAGGACUCUCCACGUGAAAACCCGAACCAGGAGACUAGCCCUGCCACUUCAAUUUCAGAGGGCAUGGCAGAGGACUACAACUUGGCAUGCAAAGCUGCAAACCCUGAUGCUCCCGACGAACGCGAACUUUCCGUACCUCCAUCUCCUACCAGAUGCCGACCGUUCAUUCCCGCCCGGAAAUCAUCCAGUGCCUCUGCUGCCAUAUUCAUCCCAGAGACGGGGGCUCGAGCUUUUCCAUUAGUACCACCAGGUCUAGACUCUUAUGGGGAAUCUGAAGGCGCCGCCGGCUUAGAUAUGGAUCGCGAGGAGAGAAAUUUGCAGACUAUAUCCGACGAGCCCGUUGGUGAUAACGAACCGCACCAGCCCGUCAAUGAGACAAAGGCGUCCCAAGAAAAUGGAACAGCCGUGACAAACUCAGGGGAAGAACCAGCUUACGAGCCUUCGAUUGCUUCUUCAACUCCCAGCCUGGUCUUCGGCGGUGGUUCUUCCCCUGAAAGCAGUUUCCUGAUCACGCCUAAGAAGCAUCGCCUUAGCCCCGAUGUGAGCCACCCAAAGAAUUCCACCGUAGACAGCGACGAUGAAGAGGCCAGAGACUCGGGUAUCGAUGUUCAUCAGGAUUUCGGAAAGAGUCAACCUUUCCCCUCACCUACGCUGCGACACGCGAGACCGGCAAUUUCGUCGCCGCUCCGCGUGAGCCAAACCGUUCAGGAGCAAAGCCCCCUCACCAUUCCCGCGAUUAGUACCUCGCCGUCGAAGAGUACCAUCGAACUUGCCGACCGGACCUUCGGUCAAGAAACAUCGUCCGCCCCAUCUAUGACGCAAGUUCAUCUUGCCUCUCCGACAGAAACCGAUGCGGCCGACAUAUUCGUAUCCGCAGUUACAAGUCCGAGCAAAACCCACGUCGGAGCCCAAGAUUCGAAAGAAACAAGCUCCGUAUCUUCUCCCAGCAGCGAACCCGAACUCCCCAUCCUCGCCCCGCAGCCCAUCACAGACGAAAGCGAGAACGAGAAUGAAAACGAGAACGGAAACGAGUUCCAAGAAUGCACCACGAACUCCUUCGCCCAAUCCAAGCCAGACUUCACCUUCUCAUCCCCGCCCGCGAUCUCCUCGCCAUCUUACAGCGAUUCAGGCGACAACCCCAGCCCCAACCCCAACAACCCUAACACCAUCUUCACCCCCAGCACCGGUUCCAGCUCCAACAACAUCAGCCCGAACCCAAACCCAAAUUCUAAUCCUAUCCCGAACCCCGAGCCCCCGCGCCUGCACAUAGACAUGAGCCCCGACCCGUCGGAGGCCGACUUCGACUCGGACGCGGAGCUGUCGUCGCCGCCCAGCCGCCCCCUGACGCAGCGCGGCUCGUUCGGCAGCGCCGGCGUGCUCGGCUUCCACGAGCAGAUGUUCGGGUCGCUGAGCCUGAGGACGGCGCUCAUGCGCUCGCGGCCCGGGUCCAGCGGCGAGUUUAGCGGGGGCGGGAGCGAGGGAGGGAGGAGUAGGAGUAGGCCUGGGACUGCGGUGUCGCAGCGUUUGUGAAGGGACGCGGGCGGCGGGUUGGUUUGCUUAGGUAGGUGGUAGGUGAGGUUGAUGUAUAAUGGUUUACUUUGUUUAGGGGAUGGGGAAGGGGUGUUAGUGUGUGUGAGGUUCAUGGUGUAGA